UUUCCACUGGACACCGACCCCCGAUUCACAAGCCCCCGCCCGCCCUGCUGCAGAGUGGUGUUUCCUCUGAGCAGGAUGGCUGAUGGAGACAUGGUGGAGAAUCAGUCCGUGGGGGACAGCGGCCCGCUGCUGCUGAGCGACUACCGGCGACUUACUCGGCUGUACUGCAUGAAUGGCGGAUAUCACCUUCAGAUCCUCCCCGAUGGGACGGUGCAGGGCCAGAGGGAUGAGAGCGACGCUCACACUGUUUUAAAGCUCAGAGCCGUGGACAGAGGCGUGGUGGUCAUUCAAGGAACUGAAGCCAGCAGAUAUUUAGCCAUGAGCGGUGAAGGCCGUUUGUACAGUUCACCCACAGUAACUGAUGAAUGCUACUUCCUGGAGAGACUGGAGGAGAACCACUACAACACAUAUCAGCCGCAGAAGUACCAGGACAAGAGCUGGUACGUAGCUCUGAAAAAGAACGGAAAGCCUAAACUCGGUCCGAGAACCCACAUCGGACAGAAAGCCAUCUUCUUUAUCCCCAGGCAGCUGAAUGACUGAAGGAGCAAAACACACAGAUACCUCAACCACAAAGGGUCAGAAAUACAUACUGUAUCCUGUAAAUGAUCAAUCAGACCACUAAUGAGACAUGGUGGAACUCAAGAGAUAAUAAAUCCUGAUAGAAAUAAAGUGUAGCAGCAGUCUGUUUAGUUCUGAUUCAUGACCAAAUACAGAUCAAAGGUCUCAUUAUUUUAAUAAAAAUGCAUCAGAUCUAUAAA